AUGGGGCAGAUUUAUUCUCAAGGAACACACGGAAGCAAGUCACAAAACAAAACGAAGCGAAUUUGCGAACCUGUUGCUUGUUGGUUUUUCGAAAAGCCCCCGAGGUUCGGUUUUUGCCCUAACCCGCGCGCGCACGGAGAAGGCGCGGUAGCCCGGAGAAGGCCGGCGGGCUGCCCCAACAUGUUCGCCGAGUUCGAGGACGACGACGAUUACGAUGAGGUGGACGAGGAUCAGCAGAAGCAGGAGGCUCCCGCCGUCCCGGUCGUGACAACCGUGGAUCCGUCGUCGAUGAUGACAACCGCGGGUGCGCAGGGCGCGCAGGCGGCGCCGGUGGGCGGGGGCGGAGGCGGGGGCAUAGACGACGACAACUACGACGAGGAUGACUACGACGAUCCGUUGGGCGGCGGUGCCGAUACCCCCGCGCAGACCGUCGUCGUCCCCACCGUCGCCGCUGCCGCCGCUGUCGGGCUCGGGAUGGCGCAGCCCGCGCCGGUGGUCCCCACCGUAGCCGCGACAGCCGCCGUGCCGCCGGGCGUGCCGAUGGUCCAAACCAUCUCCGCCUUGGAGGCCGCGGCACCACCCAAACCGGCGGUCCCCAAGCGUCCGCGCACCAAGGAGGAGCGCGGCGUCAUCCUCAAGUUCACCGACAUCGCGCACGAGCAGAGCAAGAUGCAGAAGAAGCUCCGCGAAGCCUACGACAAGGACAAGGACAAGGACAAGGACAAGGACAAGGACAAGGACGGCGAAUGGGUCCCGUCGAUCGGCGACGACAUCCCGCGGCCCAGAGCCCCGCCCAUGGUUCCCGACGAUCCGCUGGAGGAGGACGACGAGGAGGAGGACGAAUCCUCGGACGAAGACGGCGACGAGGAGGAUGGCGACCGCGCCGCGCAUCCGCCGCCGCGGGGAUGGGAUCAGCUCGGACGCGCCACCGCCGGGAAACACCGCGACGAGCACGACGAAUACGAUGACGACGAGGACGACGAGGACGAAGCGGCCGACGAGAUGGAUGCGUACGAUCAGAGGGCGGAUCCCGCAAUCGCGACGAGAGCCGGGGAUGGGCACUUCAAGGGUAUGCCCGCGCAUACCCCGGCUGAGCACGUCGACUGGGAGGACGACAUCCACUGGGGGGAAGACUCCGAGGAGGAGCGAGAGCCCGACGAGGACGAUGAGGUGCCCGCGGCGCUCCCGGAGGAACCCGCGCGACUCCCGGAGGUGAAAGUCGAAGCGGAGAUCAAGGCUGAGCCCGUGGACUCCGAGCCCGUCGACGAAGCCGCGCCGCCGCCGCAGCAGCCCAAGAAAUUGCUUUUUCGACUCGGCGGCGCGAAGCCCCCCGCCGCGUGUAAGCCCGGGGAGAGCACAGGAGACGAACCGUCGGCGGAGGGCGGCGGCGGCGGCGGCGGCGGCGGAUCGGGAGGCGGCGGUGGUGGAGGAGGAGGCGGCGGCGGGGGGGACGCGACGAACGACCGAGACGAGGGGGGCAUCCGCGCCAUAACCACCGGCGGCGGCGGCGGCGGCGGCGGCGGCGGGGAUUCCGAACUCCCCGCGCCCGCGGAGGAUAAGGGCGCGGUAAAAGCGACCGCGGGGAUGCGCGGAUGGUGGGGCGAGGACCCCGACGCGCCCCUCGACGUCAAGCACGUGCCGUUUACGCGUCACGCGCAGUACACGCGGCUGUGGAGCGACGAGGAACCCAUGCUCGCGACGGAACGGGAGCGACUGGCUAAACUGGCGCUCGAGAAGGAGAAGGAGAAGGAGGACGAGGACGGGAUGGAGCUCGACGACGACGCGAAUGAAGGCGAUGAAUCACCGGAUAGCUCCGCGGAUGUGGUCACCCACGUCGGCGCCGGCGUGUUUGGGCCGGGUAUGGAGACCAAGGUUGAGUAUCGAGCGUCCCAGCCCGGCGCGGCUAAGGAGUUGCUGUCGCGGCGUAACCAGGCGUUGGCUCGCGGGGAGUGGUUAGACGGGGUUCACUGGUCCCCGGCGGAGAUUCUGGCGGCGCGGGAGACGAACGGUCCGCCCCGCGUGACGAUCAACCCGAACGAUCGCAUGAUGCGGCUUCGGAGCUAUUUCCCCGGCGGCGACGAGGAGAUGAAGUCCACGGAGUGGGCGACGUGCGAGGCGUUCGUCAAACCCGGCCGACACCUUCAGCCCGUGGAGGACGUGGACGCCCAGCUCAACAUCGGUCUGGACAGCGACGAGGAGGGGACGGGGGCGAAGAAGAAGGAGUUCGACGCCAAAAAGGACAAGGGACUGGUGGGUCGCCCCGGGCGGCUCGACAACAUCUUCAACGCCGCCGUCGUCUCUGGGCCGCCCGCCUUCAGGCCCCACUCCUACAUCAAGAGCUGGCCCAAACCGGAGCCCAUCUUCGCGCCGCCCGCGUUUCAGAAAAAGGCCAAGGUUGGUCUCGCGCUCGGGUUCAAAACCGGCGCGGACGACAAGUUCCAGGUGCUCGUCAAGUCAUUCACCACCGAGUCCCCGUCGGUGAAGAUCUCGGUCCGACCCACCGACAGCGUGGACGGGCUCCUACGAAAACUUCGAAAGAAGUGGACCGACCUCAGGGGCGUCAUCCACGCGCACUUUCCCGAGGGAGAGCAAGGAAAGGCUUACCAGGCUGCGUGCGAGGAGGCGGAGAAAAACGGCGAACGGCGUCCGCGAGCCGUGCCGCUGGAUCCGGCGUCCACCAUGGAGCAGUGCGGCAUCAAGCGCAGGGUCCCGGAGCCGCUCAUCUACGUGGAGGCUCCAGAGAUUUAUCUCCUGGACGAGGGCACGGUUCGGCUGGAAAAACCACCCGCCGUGGCCGCCGCGCAGGCUGCGUUGGCGCGCGCCAUGGGAGAGGAGACGGAGGCUGACGCCGCGUACAACGCCAAGCACCAAUCGGCGGAGGAAGCCGCCGCCGCAGCCGCCGCCAUCGCCGCGGGUGACCCGGCGGAGGCUGUCGCGAUGGCGAUGACCAAACCCUCCGAUCUCUCCGCGACCAACGGCAAGCUCAUCCUGGUGCAAUACGCCGAGAAGGACCCGCCUCUCAUCGCCAAGCCCGGCAUGGGCGCCAAGCGCGUGACCUACUACCGCCGUCGAACGCAGGGUGACACCGCGGGCAGGUCGCUGACGCAGGGCGGGCAGCGACACGUCAUCGAUCUUCGACCCGAGGCGGCGUCUCCUUUCAUCAGCGACUUGAGCCCCGGUCAGCCGCAGGAGUCGCUGGAGACGACCAUGUACCGAGCGCCCAUGUUCAGGCGGGUGAUCGGGAAGGACGAGGCCAUCUACCUGCUCAUACGCUCGCCGCACGGCGCGAUGACGAUGCGUGAAGUAACCGAGUACUUCAUGUGCGGUCAGCAGGAGCCCCACAUCGAGGUGUUUCAGCCCAACACCGACCGACUGAGGGACUUCGAGGAGCGGGCGGUUAACUCCGCGGUCAUUCACACCCUGCUGAAGCAGAGGGACGAGAAGGUACCCGAGGAGGACAUGCGGGUCAAGGUGUCCGACAUCGAGAAGCAGUUCAAUCGCGCCAUCGUCGGCAACGACAUCAAGCGAAGGAUACGCCGCAGGGUGGUCCAACCCGUGCGGCCGCCCGGCACUAGACGCCGAGCGGACGAAUGGGACGACGACGCGGACGAGUUCGAGCUCAACCCGGGCUACAGGUUCGAGGAUGAUCUCAUGGUCCACCGCAUGUGCCCGGUGGAGGAGGUUUGCGCCUACGACUCCAUGCGCGCCGCCAAGGCAAAGCUGGAGGCUGGCAGGGACCGCGACGGCAUCGCCAGGAUCCGGAAGCUGAUCGGCACCUCCAUGACCCAGAUGCAAAACGCGUUCCAGUCCGUCAUGCGGGGCACAACCCCGGCACAGCGCAAGGGGUUACUCGACCUGGAGCUCAUGCUGCAGCUGCAGCCGUGGAACCAGACGGUGGAGUUCCUGGCGGCGGUCGGGGGAAGGGCGGUACUCCACCUCAAUCCGAGCCGACGUCUGAGGGAAAAGACGGGUAAGUUUUACCACUACGUCCGCAGGCAGCCUCCCAAGGAGGACCAGGUCUCGGCGCAGCCCAAGGUUAAGCCAGGGACGGUGACAGGUACCGACGCGGAUCUGCGUAAGCUCACCAUGCCCCAGUCGGAGCGCAUCCUGAAGGGCUUUGGCGUCCCGGAGUCGACGAUCAAGUCUCUGCAUCGCUGGAAGAGGAUAGGUCUGAUCCGCGAGCUGUCCGGCGCCGCCACCGCCGAUAAGAACGCGGAGCACAGCGGUUUGAGCCGCUUCGCCCGGUCCCUGAGGGUCGGCAUCCAGCAGCAGAUGACGGAGCAGAAGGAAGCGGCGAACAAGAUCUUCAAGAACAUGCGCAAGAUGCUCUCCGACAAGAAGGGAAACAGACGCGCGCGCGCCGGCGCCGGCGGCAGCUCCGACGACGACGACGGCGGCAGCGACGACGACGACGACGACGACGAAUCAUCCGAGGAGGAGGAGUCGGAAUCCGACGACUCCCUCGCCGACGAGCUGGAGCAGGGCAUGGACAAGGACACCGACGGGCCGGAUGAGGACGAGGAGCGGAGGGAGCUCGAGGAGAUGCGGCGGCUGAUGGGCGGCGAGGGCGGCGGCGCGCCGGGUGAGGCGCGACCCCUGGGACCCACGCAGGUCCCCCCGGGCAAGAAACUCGUGCUCAAGCGCAUCGUCACCAGGACAUUCCCCGACGGCCGCGUCGAGAAGAUCGAGGAUGACGUAUCGGAAGCCGUCGGCGACGCGUGGAUGAAGGCGAGGAAGUUCAAGCCCGACGGCGAGGUUGACCUCGAAAAGUCGCGCGAGGCGGUGAUGAAGAUCCUGUACCCGCACGGCGUGGACCCGCCCGCGUUUGUCUCCGGGGAUCAGGCGGGACAUGGCGGCGGCCGCGGCGGCGGCGGCGGGGGGGGUGGCGCCGCCGCGGGUAUCGGCGCCGGUUUCGAGGGUCCGGAGGAUGAGAAGGCUGAACUGAUACGACAGCGCAAACGGAAGAUGGAGAUGUUGAGGCGGCGUAAGAAGCGGUUCGCUCAGCUGCAGGCGCAGGCUGGGGUCAGCGCCCAGGACCUCGAGAAGCUGAAGGAGAUGAAGGAGGCGGAGGCUGCGCCCAAGCCGGGCGCGGGUCCUCUCAAGCUCAAGUUUGCGCUCAAGGCUGCUCCUCCUCCCAAGGCCAAGGGUAAGGUCAAGGGUCGGCGAGGCGACGACGAGGACGAUUACACCGACUACGGGGGACCGAGGAAGACCACCACCAGGUUCAGGGGCAGCAGGCGCGACGAGAUCCUCCAGGAGAUCAUCGAGUCCUUACAGCGCGAUCGCAACUGCGACGCGUUCAACGCGCCCGUCACCAAGAAGAUUGUGCCGGAUUACCGGGAAUUUGUGGAUAGGCCGAUGGACCUCUCCACGAUUAUGAAAAACCUGCGGCGCGCGGGGGGCUACGACACCGCGGAAUCCUGGAUGCAGGACGUGAGACAGAUCCUCACCAACGCGAAGCUCUACCACGAAUCCGAGGAGGAGGUCCUCAUGCGGUACCCCGCCAUCAUUGCCGCGGCGCAGUACCUGGUCGACGAGUGCGAGAAGGCGGUGGAGCGCCGCGCGGCGGAUCUCAAGCUGGCCGAUCAGUUCUUCGACGCGGAGAAGGUGCUCGGUCGACCGUUGAGCGCCGAGGCCCAGGAGGCGGUGGAUAACGUGGGGAAGAUGGUGUUCCCGGGCGGGGUGACGGCGUCUGGCGCGCCAGUCGCGCCGCCAGCUGUGCCCAAGGAGGAGCCGCGAGAGGAUGCUCAGCCGCCGCCCAAGGAGGAGCCGAUGGAGGAGGAUGAUCAGCCCGCGCCCGAGCCCGACGGCGGGUUCGGGGGUAACCCGGAACUGGAAUGAUACCUUAAAGUUAGCAUCUGGAAUUACGCU